AUGGCAACAACAAAUAUCAACUACAGCGCCCUUGAACAAGGCUAUGAGCUCGAAAUCAACACAUUGACCCCCGUUCUCACCAAACGCCAGCAAAUUACCCACGAGCUUAAUCAACUUCAGACCCUCCGCGACUCUAAUCUUUAUUCCGCACAGCAAGCUCUCCUCAACUCCACCACUGUGUCAGACGAUCAAGCCGCCCGCCAGGAACUCGACGAUGCCCGAUCCAGUAUCAACAACACACUCCAACAAGUCCGCACGCUGGUAGAUGAGCUUAGAUAUCUUGCGGAUCCGAGUGAUCCUCGUGUGCGGGCACAGGUCGAUGCCGCAAAAAACCAAGUGCAACAGGCAAUUCAGGAUUACUAUCGGUCGCAGACGGAGUUUGAUCGCGCGCUCCGCGACCAGGUCUGGCGGCGAUAUGAGAUUGCUAACCCUGAGGCAUCGCCCGAAGAGGUAGAGCAUGGGGUACAGCAGGUGUUGGCGGGGACACAGAUG